AUGUCUACUACGGAGAAACCACAGAGCAGUUCUGCACCCAAGCCGCCCCACAAUCACGACCAUGACCACGACCACAAGCAUGCUCACGUUCACGAGAACGGCCAUGACCACACCCACUCUCAUGGUAUCUUCGGUCAUUCUCAUGCAGCACAUGACCACGACCAUUCUGAAGAUGCAGAGAGAGUUAUGCAAGCGCUUUCAGGCAAAGGUGACCGAGGGAGCCAAAUCACGCUCGUCGGGCUGUUCACCAAUGUUGGGCUCACGGCAGCAAAGGGUAUCGCAGGGUGGCAGAUGCACUCGGCUUCAUUGCUAGCGGAUGCAGGGCAUUCUCUGAGCGACCUACUGGGUGACUUUGUGACCCUCUUCUGCUGGAAAUUGUCCAGGAAACCCCCAUCACUGCGUUACCCGUACGGUUUCGCGAAGUUUGAAACCCUUGGGACAACCAUGGUCUCAUUAAUGUUGAUUGGCGGGGCCUUGGGCAUCGGCUUCCACUCUUGGCAUCUCCUAGUGGAGUCUCUCAGUUCAACAGUGCCUACCAUGUCCCCCGGACCUCUGCGUGAUUUCGUGGAAUCAUUCGCGACGGCUGCGGACAAUGUCCCUGUCGUUGGACAUGCUCAUGGACAUGGGGACGUGCUCGAUCCGAACGCGGCCUGGUUUGCGCUCGUAAGCGUGGUGGCUAAGGAAUGGCUGUAUCGGAUAACCAAAAAGGUCGCCGAUGAUGAGAAUAGCCCUGUCUUGUACGCAAACGCGAUUCAUCACAGGAGUGAUGCAUAUUCGAGUGUGGUUGCGCUGGCGGCAAUCCUUGGGUCAUGGUUCUUCCCAGCGGUUCCUCUAGAUCCUAUAGGCGGCUUGGUUGUUUCAAUUAUAAUUUUCCAACAAGGUCUUGGACUCUUUGGUGGCGCUUUUGCUGAUUUGACGGACGCUGGCGUAUCAGCGACCUCACAUCGGGCGAUGAUGAGUGCUCUGGAGCAACUUGUAUCUAAGUCCGCCGACGCCCCACUCCCCAAUCACGAGUUGGCCUCCCAGGACGCACUAUUGCUGGGUAUCCGGAAUCUUCGAGCUAAGCGCGCGGGAUCGCUGGUGUUCGUCGAUGUUACCAUUGACGUUCCAGGCUCGCAGACCAUAUUGGCCACCACAAGCCUGCAGGAGACGAUUACACGGACGUUGAAGGAAGCACGGAAGGAGGUUUCAGCGGUGAACGUCACGUUUAACCCUGUGAAGGAAAAUGAUGCUUGA